UCCUCACUCAGGCUCCCCUUCCCGUCGGCAGCAGAUCGUCCCGAUCUCGUGGCAGCUCUCCGUUUUCCGUCUUCGCGCGGACCCUCGGACGCUCAUCCCUGUGGCGCCUCAGCCUUGCCCGUGCUGCGGCCAAUUGCGACGCACCAGCGCCCGACCCCGCCGUCUUAUCCGCCUACAGCAAAAUCGUCGAGGCACUCGGCCGCCCGUCAGCCGCACAGCUUCUCACUCACCUCACGUCCUCCUCUGUGCACCUUGGGCCUCAUCCCUCCCGCGACGCUGUCCAGGCAACCCUCGCAGAGUCCGGCGCGCUUCACUCCACGACAGCUCCUCGCCGCCCGCGCCUCGCUCCCGCCCUCGGCAGCCCCCGCCCGCGCCGAACGACCCCAGCCGCGCCGCGCACACCAGCCACACGCAGCGACGCCCAAACAACCGCGACCUCCGCAACCAUGUCCUACUAUCCGGGCCAGCAGUACCACAACGGCGCACCCAACUACGGCGCGCCCCCGCCACAGCAAAACUAUGGGCCGCCGCAGGCCUAUCCGGCACCGAGCUACGGUGCUCCACCUCCACAGCAGUACGGCUACCAGCACUCGCCCUCGCCGCAACCCCCCUACAACGGCGGCUACCAGCAGGGCCCGCCGCCCCAGCAGUACGGAUACCAGCAGACCCCGCCGCCCCAGCAGUAUGGCGGCUACGGGGGACCGCCUCCGCAGCAGCACCAGCAACACUACCAGCCACCACCACCGCAAAUGCAGCAGCGUCUGCCGGGCGGCCCACCACCUCCACCAACAGCCCCGCAAAGCUUCGGCCACAACGCUCCCGCCGGCUACUCGUUCCAAUACUCGGCUUGCAACGGGCGGCGGAAAGCGCUGCUCAUCGGCAUCAACUACUUCGGCCAGCGCGGACAGCUCCGGGGCUGCAUCAAUGAUGUGAAGAACAUGAGCACAUACUUGAACGCACACUUCAACUACAAGCGGGAGGAUAUGGUCCUCUUGACUGACGACCAACAAGAACCUAUGAGCCAGCCCACCAAAGCCAACAUCUUGCGAGCAAUGCACUGGCUAGUCAAGGACGCUCAGCCGAACGAUUCUCUGUUCUUCCACUACUCAGGGCACGGCGGUCAGACUAAGGAUCUUGACGGCGACGAGGACGAUGGUUACGACGAGGUCAUCUACCCCGUGGAUUUCCGAACGGCAGGUCACAUUGUCGACGACGAAAUGCAUCGUAUAAUGGUCGGCCCUCUGCAGCCAGGCGUGCGGUUGACAGCCAUUUUCGACUCAUGCCACUCUGGAUCGGCGCUCGAUCUGCCAUACAUCUAUUCCACCGCUGGUGUGGUCAAGGAGCCGAACCUGGCCAAGGAAGCUGGCCAGGGCUUGUUGGGUAUCAUGUCAUCUUACGCUCGCAACGAUAUCGGCGGCAUGAUGUCGACCGCUAGCAGCCUGUUCAAGAAGGUGACCACCGGCGAUAAGGUGCGGGAAAUGAACUUGAGGACGAAGACGAGCCCAGCCGACGUCAUCAUGUGGAGUGGUUCCAAAGAUACACAGACAUCCGCCGAUGCAUCUAUCCAGGGUGAGGCCACCGGUGCCAUGUCGUGGGCGUUCAUCACUGCUCUGAAGAAGAACCCGAAUCAGAGCUACGUGCAGUUGCUAAACAGCAUUCGCGAGGAGCUCCAAGCAAAGUACAGCCAGAAGCCGCAAUUGAGUUGCAGCCACCCUCUGGAUGUCGACCUGCAAUACCGGAUGUAGAGGUGUUUACGUUGAACUGUGGAGCGAGAGACGUCUUACAUGAAAACUUUGCGCAUGGGCUUGGAUCGGAGACAGGAAAAGGGAAAGGCUUUGGGACUCAUGGCUGACGAAUGGUUUUGGUACUUGGAUUGUACAUAUUGCACUGAGCAAGUGACGGCUUGGGUUGGAUCACAACAGCGGCGUAUUGGCUUGUAAGGUCGCAAGUCUGGAUACCAACGUUGAUUCUUUAAAUUCCAAUUUGGCGUUGUGCUGUUUAUGUGGCAUAACACCCUUAGAUCCAAUUCCGGUAUAGAAAUUAGCUAUCCAGCGGAG